AUGAAAAACUACCCACAAUUGGUGAUCAUACAAGUACCUAAUAAAAUUCCGCAGCAGCAAUCGCAGAAAAGUGUGUGGUGGCGCCAUUCCAUUGCUGGGGGAUUUGCGGGUGCCAUUUCGCGAACAAGCACAGCGCCUAUAGAUAGAAUAAAAGUACAUAUGCAGGUUCAAACCACGAAAACUUCCGUUGUUGAUAGUGUAACUUAUAUGGUCAAGGAGGGAGGAAUACGAAGUAUGUGGCGUGGUAAUGGUGUAAACGUCUUAAAAAUUAGUUCAGAUUCAGCAAUAAAGUUUACAAUCUACGAGAAAAUUAAACAUUUUAUCAAAAUCGAGAGAAAUCCACAUCAUGAAGAAAUGAAUAUUGGUGGACGAUUUGUUGCUGGCUCCAUUGCGGGUACCAUUUCGCAAUCUAUAGUUUAUCCAUUUGAUGUUUUGAAAACUCGUCUGACUUUACGCAAAACUAAUCAAUAUCGAGGCUUAAUUGAUGCAGCUAGAAAAAUCUAUUUCACCGAAGGUUUGCUAAGCUUCUACAAUGGUUACGCCAUAAACCUAAUUGGUAUCGUACCAUAUGCCGGCAUUGAACUGGCAGUGUAUGAAACAUUGAGGAAUUAUUUCCAAAAAGGAAGUGAAGAGAAAAAUUCUUUGCUUGUUCUUCUUUGCGGUAGCAUAUCCAGUGCAUUGGCACAGAUAGUGACGUAUCCAUGUUCACUGGUUCGAACACGACUACAAGCACAAGUCGUACUGAGAGAUGUACCACGUGUUGGUUUCACACGAAGGCCUGCGAAUAGAAAGAACUCAAUUCAAUUAUUUCGAAAUAUUAUUGAAAACGAAGGUUUGCCUGGAUUAUACCGUGGAUUAGUUUUAAAUCUUAUCAAAGUAGUGCCUGCAGUUUGUAUUAGUUAUAUGGUUUACGAAUAUUCGAUUCGUACUUUAGGCGUAACCAUGAGUUAAUAAAUACAUACAUAGAGCUUUUGA